CCCCCGGUCCACAGCCUAAGGUUGAGUGGGCCAGCCUCAAGGCUUCGAUCGAUGACGAGCCACUGUUGGCUAACCAGCGCCAAGAGGACACUGGCUGCUUGCACGCGCCACGAGUGCGAAAGCAACUUCCAUCGACAGAACCACACCGAAGCAAGCAUAUAGCCUAACAUCGGAUCGUCGAUUGCAGCUGCCGCGCAACGACGGAAACCCCCGCGUCGCCCUAGACCACGCCGAUAAUCUUCCUGUAUCGAUCACAGCGCCCGGACAUCGGCAGUUUAUUCUCGGACCAGCAGAUUUAGAAGAGAGAGAGGCAUUGAAAAUGGGGGACGUGCUCGUGGAAAAUGCAGCGAACUCCGUUCAGCCGCUCAAGAAGACCACCCCAUCGACGAUUCCGAGCAUCGAGAACUUCGAGGGCGUGCCGACAGAAGGCGGGGAUGAAUAUGCGACAUUGAAGAGACUGCAACGGCAGCUCGAGUACAUUCAGCUGCAGGAGGAAUACAUCAAGGACGAGCAGAGGAGCUUGAAGCGCGAACUCGUCCGGGCGCAGGAGGAGAUCAAGCGCAUCCAGAGUGUCCCCCUCGUUAUUGGCCAGUUUAUGGAAGCAAUUGAUCAGAACACCGGCAUCGUCCAGUCCAGCACCGGGUCCAACUAUGUCGUCCGCAUCCUCUCGACACUUGAUCGCGAGCAGCUCAAGCCUUCCUCCUCGGUCGCUCUCCACCGCCAUUCCAAUGCUCUGGUCGACAUCCUCCCCCCCGAAGCAGAUUCCUCAAUCGCCAUGCUCGGCGCCGAUGAAAAGCCGGACGUGACCUACGCUGACGUUGGCGGCUUGGACAUGCAGAAGCAGGAAAUCCGGGAAGCUGUCGAGCUGCCCCUGACACAUUUCGACCUGUACAAGCAGAUCGGCAUCGACCCGCCGCGGGGUGUGCUUCUGUAUGGGCCUCCUGGCACAGGCAAGACCAUGCUAGUCAAAGCGGUCGCCAACUCAACAACGGCCAACUUCAUCCGUGUGGUGGGCUCCGAGUUCGUGCAGAAGUACCUUGGUGAGGGGCCGAGGAUGGUGCGCGACGUGUUUCGGAUGGCGCGCGAGAACGCGCCGGCGAUCAUCUUCAUCGACGAGAUCGACGCGAUCGCCACCAAGCGUUUCGACGCGCAGACGGGCGCCGACCGCGAGGUGCAGCGUAUCCUGCUCGAACUCCUCAACCAGAUGGACGGUUUUGACCAGACGGCCAACGUCAAGGUCAUCAUGGCUACCAACCGCGCCGACACGCUCGACCCGGCGCUGCUGCGCCCCGGCCGCCUCGACCGCAAGAUCGAGUUCCCCAGCCUCCGCGAUCGGCGCGAGCGCCGCCUCAUCUUCACUACGAUCGCUAGCAAGAUGAGCCUGGCGCCCGAGGUGGACCUGGACAGCUUGAUCGUACGCAACGACCCGCUGAGCGGUGCCGUCAUUGCCGCCAUUAUGCAGGAGGCGGGUCUGCGUGCCGUGCGAAAGAACCGGUACAACAUCAUCCAGGCGGACCUGGAGGAUGCUUACAGCAGCCAGGUCAAGGGGACCGGUGAUGAGAACAAGUUUGACUUUUACAAAUAGACGGGGGAUUUGUGGUGGGAUGGGAGUACAGGAAGGGCGACGCUUGUGUCGUGGGGAGAGAGCAAUCGUCACGGCCAUGGUGUCAUGGGUGCCUUCUUGUAUGAUAACACGGUAUCUCGCCAUAGAACGAACCAGGUUGCCGUCCGAAAGCGCAUCGGUCAUCCUCACAUUAUGGAAUGGCAUUGUAGUUGUUGAACACUGAG